UGUAUUUUUUGAAACAUAUUUAUUUGAUUUUUUCAACUUAACAAGACUUUAAAGAUAUAAAACAAAAGAAAAGGAGAAAGAAAGAGUGAAAGGGAAAACAACAACAACACAGAUGAGAAAAAAGGAAACAACCACAGCGAAUAACAACACAUUCGCACAUCCCCAGGAUCCAGAUGUUUUGAUGAGUGUGCUGGCCCAGCUAAAGCCUUAAGACACUCAUUUCCCCGUUGUAUUGAAGUGAUUACAUUUAUGAGGCUCAUCAUUGUCGUAACAUGUAACUGUGCAUCUACUGAAAACAGGGUCUGGACGUCAAUGAUAAAAAAGCACCACUGUUCUGUAUUUACGACACAGAGGAAGCAAUAACACGGACUUAUGGUGUGUCCACAAACCCAUGCGCCGGACCAAAACACCGGCUCCUCAUUAAGAGAUAAUUAAGCUUCACAAUAAACUCUGAAGUAGGGUUAUAGGAAGGAAAUUAAGAGGCAAUAUAGAGAGAAACAAAUAAUUAAAGUGGAUCUUCCCUUCUUCCUGUGGUCUUUCAGCUUGUGUCGGCUAAACAUGUGGAAGUGGAGCUUCUUACACCGAGCGGCAGGCGGACAGCGGGUAUAGAAACUGUGUGCUGAUCUGCUUCCAUUCUCCCUCAUCGGCAGAGCUCGAAACCCUCCGGGAAACCAUGAGCGUUGCAUUAUGGGCCGGGGACGGGAGAACCACGCCGUCUCGCCGGGUUUGUUCCGGGCCACUGAGCCAAUAAGACGCCUCCGUCUCCUGCGGUUCUAUGUCACAUCCCCGCCCUCCGUCGACUCCCGCCGAGGCCGCCAUGCAGGAGUGCCACACCGUCCUGUAUCUGUCCGUCUACGUCUUCACCUUCGUGCUGGGCUUCCCCGCCAACAUCCUCGCCUUCUACACCUUCUGCAAGAAAGUGAAGCAGAAGCCCACGCCCAUCGACAUCCUGCUCCUCAACCUCACCAUCUCCGACCUCCUCUUCCUCGCCUUCCUGCCCUUCAAGAUGCAGGAGGUGAUGAACAACAUGCUGUGGGAAAUGCCCUACGCCCUGUGCUCGCUGUCCGGCUUCGUCUUCUACAUGACCAUCUACAACAGCACCUUCUUCCUCACGGCGGUCAGCGUGGAGCGCUACCUCGGCGUGGCGUUCCCCAUCCAGCACACCCUGAAGAGGCGGCCGGUGUACGCCGUGGCCGCCAGCGUCUUCUUCUGGAUUUUCUGCUUCAUCCACCUCAGCAUCGUGUUCAUCGUGCCCUUCAUCAGCCCCGACAACUCCCCGAACGCCACCUCGGGCCACAACGCGUCCGCCGCCGGCGGCGAGCAGAGGGACGUGUGCUAUGAGAAUUUCACCGAGGCUCAGCUGAAGGUCCUCCUGCCCGUGCGCCUGGAGCUCUGCGUGGUGCUAUUCUGCAUCCCCUUUUUGAUCAGCAGCUUCUGCUACAUCAACUUCAUCAGGAUUCUGUCCAAGCUGCAGCACAUUGACCGGCGGCGGCAGCUCCGGGCCAUCGGCAUGGCCUUGGGAACGCUGCUGGUGUACGCGCUGUGCUUCGGGCCCUACAACGUCUCGCACGUUGUCGGCUACGUCAUGUGGAAGAGUCCCGACUGGAGGAACCAAGCCCUGCUGUGCAGCACCUUUAACGCUUGUCUCGACCCUCUUAUUUUCUACUUCUCCUCCUCCGCCGUGAGGAAGACUGUGGGUCGUCUGAUGGAAGGGGUGAGGAGUCGCCUCAACAGGUGCAUGUCCUGUCACAUGCGCUGGGCCUCGUGUGGCGGGAUGAACGCGACUGCGACAGAUAAGGAACACAAACAAGAGGAGAUCAAUGCUAUCUGAGCAGACUGAGGGGGGGGGGGGCCACCAGCAGCUGCCUUCACUAAUUUGUUAUUUCUUCAUCCCCGGAAGCAGGAAAUCAAUGUCACGCUUGUUUUUUCACACGUGAGGAAAUGACUCGGCGUCGACGGCCGACUGUUUGACUCUCGGAUGAACUUCCCUGUGAGGAAACGAGCCGCAGAGACGGCCUUUGAGCAGUCGCGUUCAAAGAGACGGAUUUCAUGAGAACUCGAUGCAGUCGGGGGGGUUUGGAGCGCUGCACCCAGCCAAAUCAACACCUAAGCAACGGCAAUAAGGUAUCGCGCUCUGCGAACAGCUUGCACCACGAACAGGAAUCACUGUCAGUUUGCAAACCGAAGUGUGAGAUGUUGAAGAAGAUUCAAGUGUGAUGAGAACCACAGGGUUUGUGUACGAGCUCACAAACAUGUAGCUUAUGUGCAAGUCAAGCAAAGAUAUACAGCGAUAGUUUUAAAAAUGGGAGAGGCUUUCAAAUAGAGAGAGAGAGAGAGAGAGAGAGAGAGAUUAUCCAGAGUCAAUAAUUCAGUUAAUUCUCAUUCCUGAGGAUCUCUCUGGACUUGAUUUGUGUGAUUUGUCGCACUGAACAACCGGCGGCUCUUUUUUGUUGUUUUCCUCUCCCACUUCAUUUUGUAUUUCCUGGAAGACAAUAAUUGGUGAUUGCGUCAGUGUUUACUUUUUUCCUGUGAUAUGUUACAGGGAUAAGGCAAUAAGGGAAAGACACAGCCCUUUGUGUGUGUGUGUGUGCGUGUGUGUGCAUGACUUGUUUGCCAAAGGCAGAGGAGAACAUUGUACUCACCUGGCAGACAUCAUUUCGCCCGCAUGCAGAAAUGUCUGGCGGCUGUUGGGAUCACAUCAAUUAAAUAUGGUCCUUGAACCGCUUCCUGUAAUUCUGGCUGAGAGGCGUACUCACGUUUACCUUCCAAUAAAAAGACGACGGUCAGCGCGGAGAGGAGACACAUCUUCAGGAUGUUCAAGUGUCCGAGCAGCUCGUUAGGGGAGGCGUCUGGGAAGUAUAGAGGAACAAAUAAAAAAUAAAUAAAAAAAGGCAAACACUGAUUAGCAGCGACUUCUCGUGUUAUUGAGCACAGCAGAAUAAGAUCAGGAAGGUGGAACCGGCUUCGGCUGAUGGACACUCGCCUCCUCGCGGGGGAGAGAGAGGUGUUUAAACAUUGAUUGGGUAAAUCAUUAAUUUGUUCAAGUAUGCAGUAUUGAAGGCAAUCUGGUGCCUUGGAAUGAUCGUUGUCUGACCUACAUUAACAGUCAAGUAGGGUAAAGACUGAACUGACUGUGUGUCGCCCCCGAGCGCUGCGUCAGUACAGACUACCUUAUAGGAAGGAAGUUGCAUAUAGACUUCUUUCCUAGAAAUCCUGUUCACUUCCUCCAAGGUUGGAGGCAUGAACACCUCCAUCAGUACGAGAGUUGAUCAGCUGUGUUUGCCAAAGCUAUUAGUCUGUACUAAAGCUGCUCAUACUAACAGUUUAAUGUGACUGAAUAUGCAUGAAUUCAUUAAAUUACAGUUUGUAAUGCGAAAGGAGUAGCGCUUAUUGAUAAAUCCACACAGAAUUUAGAAAAUCUUUAGUUUAUUUUAGCUCUAUUGAGCUUUAGAAAAAUAUAUUAGAAAAUCCUUAGUCUUUCGGCUAUUUCUUAUUCAGUAUUCAGCCGCACGCCUACUCGGUUUUAAUGUUGCAAAAGAAGUCAGAUAAACCAAUUAUAUACCGGGCCAGCACCAAGUAGUUACAGAGUGAGAUAUUUCCCUCAGAGAGCAAAUCAGAGCAAAAAGGACUUACAUUUACUCUAAAAACAUGACUCCAACUUUAUGUAAAUGUGAAAUAAUGUCUUUAAUAUAAACCCAUUAUCAACUUCUACGGAUGUAUUAUCGAUGUUGUAUUUACAGUUUACUGCAGGCCGAUGAUAACGGUUAUACUUUGAAUAAACCUGCUAUCUAAUUCAGCAGUUUAAAUCAGAUCCCUUUCCGAUGUAAAUAAGUGGAAAAGGUGUUUUCUUUCCCCCAUAAAUGCAAAAACAUGCGCUCCUCAUUUGCU